CAGUUCGCCUCCUCGUUAUAUAUAGUACAUUCCGGUCAUUAGUACUAGAAGAUCCCGGAGUCUGUAUGGAGGGCACCUACUCCAGGUGAACGCCGGCAUCUCUUUGGUCACUCGAUCCGAGACAUUGCGAAUUGGGAAAUACCUUUCUUGAGAGACAAGGUCUUGAGUGGGAAGAGCUGUCAAGAUGAAGUUCGCUAGGUAUCUCGAGGACAACUGCACCCCGGAAUGGAAACGAGCCUAUAUCGACUAUCGCCGACUGAAAAAGUGCAUCAAAGCCAUACAGACCCGUCAACAGCAGCAACAACCCGAGAACGCUUCUUCCUCCGCCAACCCACCCGGUCAACAUUCAAACUCCCACUCCAAUGUCAAUGGCGAUCGCCAGCGGACGACCACGGUCUCGUCCGGUGAAAGCGCUGAUGAUGGGUUAGAUGAUAUCGAUUCUUCCGACAGGGAGGACUUGGGACCAAGUGCGGACCUUCGACCUCUCCCGCCUUCCCAUAAGAACUCCCAAUCUCAAUCGCCAUCUCAGAGCGGAGGCGGACUGCGAAGGAACAUCUCCAACAUAGCUCGAUCGGUUUCGGGGGAUAAGAAAUGGUGGAACAGGUUGGAUCGGCCUAGGCCCAUCCAGGCGAGUAACAUGGAGGCAACGAGUUCUAUGGAUAGGGUGCACGAGGCUGUAGGCAGCGUCGAUCGGGGAAUGACGAGGAGAACCGAGACGGAAGUGGGGAUUGAGGAGGAAGAGAACCGUGUUGAAGGGCGCCCGGAAGAGGAUCGCGGGAAUGGCAAGAAGAAGGAAAUCGAUCCGAACGAGAGGAGUCGGCCAUCUCGCAUACCGAUUCCGUCUCUUCUGCGUCAGCCUUGCGACCUCGACAUACCCAACUGACAAGCGGCGAGCAGGAACGAUCGGAUUCGCCUUACUAUUUGCCCACUCCCGGUCACGGCCCAAACUCGGGAGGUCCGUCCAGGUUGAAAGCCGAGGAGAUCGCUCGGUCAGAAAGUAGGACGACAGCUGCGGAUAGUUCGAGUGGGGAUGA